UGUAUGAUAAGCCAAGUAGUGAGCUAUAAUAGCUGCUGCGCUGAACUUCCAAACUCUGGAAGAACUGACUAGACAUUGGCUCAGCACUUGAAUGCCGACUGUUUGCAUUCUGAAAUAGGUUAAAAUGGCAGCAGGUGUACCACACAUGCAAAUUGAUUCACACAACCUGCAGAUUCAGACACGUACUGUGGAGAAGUUGCUGGAGCCCCUCAUAAUUCAGGUCACCACAUUAAUGAAUUGCCCUCAAAACCCUUCAAGCAAGAAAAAAGGAUGUUCCAAAAGAGCCCGCAUUAUCCUUGCCUCCGUUGAAGAAGCCACCUGGAACUUGCUGGACAAAGGAGAGAAAAUUGCUAAGGAGGCACCUGUAUUUGUGGAUGAACUUAAUGCUGCACUUCGUGAUGUUCGCAAAGAAAGUGAAGCUUUAAGGAUAUCAGCCAGAAAAUUUACAGAUGAUCCUUGUUAUCUGCCCAAAAGGGAGGCAGUUGUCCAAGUAGCACGUGCUCUUUUGGCUGCUGUUACAAGACUCCUUAUUCUGGCAGAUAUGAUUGAUGUCUCAUACCUGCUGCAACAUCUGACCACAGUUCAAAGAACAUUUGAGUCUCUUCGGAAUGUGUCUAGCAAAUCUGAACUACAGAAAACAUAUAAAAAUCUCCAGGAAGGUUUGAAAAAGCUGGACCACUUGGCAUACAAGCGACAACAGGAUUUAAAAUCCAACAAUCAACGAGAUGACAUUGCAGCAGCACGUGCUUCUCUGAAGGAAAAAUCACCUCUUCUCCAUUCAAUUUGUUCAGCUUGUUUAGAACACUCAGACAUUGCGUCUCUUGCAGCCAGCAAGGACUCUGUUUGUAAUGAAAUACAGAAUGCUCUUGAUGUCAUUUCUAAUGCUUCUCAAGGAAUUGAAAUCCAAAAGAUGCAGCCCAUAUCAGAGGCAUCGACUCUUGGAAGUGCCCUUGAUGAACUUGAGCAUUUGGUUGUCUUGGAUCCUCUUACUGUGAAUGAAGAGAAAAUAAGACCAUCGCUAGAAAAGCGUUUAGAAGGAAUUAUCAGUGGUGCUGCUUUAUUAGCAGAUUCUUCAUGCACACGUGAUCUUCACCGUGAGCGUAUCAUCACUGAGUGCAAUGCUAUUCGCCAGGCUCUUCAAGAUCUCCUUUCCGAAUACAUGAAUAAUGCUGAUAAAAAAGAAAGGAGCAGUACCUUGAAUAUUGCGAUAGAUAACAUGUGCAAGAAAACAAGAGACCUCCGCAGGCAGCUUCGCAAAGCCAUCAUUGAUCAUAUCUCAGACUCCUUCCUGGAUACGACUGUUCCACUGCUAGUACUCACUGAAGCUGCUAAAAAUGGAAGAGAACCUGAAAUAAAGGAAUAUGCUGCUAUUUUUAAAGAACACACAUGCAGGCUUAUUGAGGUGGCUAAUCUUGCUUGCUCAGUAUCAACAAAUGAGGAAGGAAUUAAAAUUGUCCAAACAGCUGCCAGUCAGAUGGAAACUUUGUGCCCACAGGUUAUCAAUGCUGCUUUAGCUCUUGCAGCCAGACCCCAAAGCCAAGUGGUGAAAAGCAACAUGGAAAUGUAUAAGACCACAUGGGAGAAACACAUACGUGUGCUCACUGAAGCUGUGGAUGACAUUACAAGCAUUGAUGACUUUCUUGCUGUAUCAGAGAGUCACAUCCUUGAGGAUGUCAACAAGUGCAUCAUUGCACUAAGAGAACAAGAUGGUGACAAUUUAGAUCGUGCGGCUGGUGCCAUCCGAGGGCGUGCAGCAAGAGUGGCUCACAUUGUUUCUGGUGAGAUGGACAAUUAUGAGGCUGGGGCUUACACUGAAGGAGUGAUGAGAAAUGUCCAGUAUCUUACAAAUGCCGUGAUUCCAGAGUUUAUUACUCAAGUCAAUACAGCACUGGAGAAUUUAAGCAGGAAUACAAUUCACCUGUUUGAUGACAAUCAGUUUGUUGAUAUCUCUAAGAAGGUCUAUGACACAAUUCAUGAUAUUAGAUGUUCAGUUAUGAUGAUUCGGACACCAGAAGAACUAGAAGACAUGUCUGAUCUUGAAGAUGACUAUGAUGCACGUAGCCGCACCAGUAUUCAAACUGAAGGAAAAACAGAUAGGGCAAAAAUGACUCAAUUGCCAGAGGCUGAAAAAGAAAAGAUUGCCGAACAAGUGGCUGACUUUAAGAAAGUCAAGAGCAGGCUUGAUGCAGAGAUUGAAAUAUGGGAUGAUACCAGCAACGACAUCAUCGUUUUGGCUAAACGGAUGUGUGUGAUUAUGAUGGAGAUGACAGACUUCACAAGGGGUAGAGGGCCAUUGAAGAAUACAUCGGAUGUUAUUUAUGCAGCAAAAAUGAUCUCAGAGUCAGGAUCAAGAAUGGAUAUGCUUGCAAGGCUCAUUUCUAACCAGUGUCCAGACCUAUCAUGUAAGCAGGACCUAUUGGCUUAUUUGGAACAGAUCAAACUGUACUCCCACCAGCUCAAAAUCUGCAGCCAAGUGAAAGCCGAAAUCCAGAAUUUAGGCGGAGAGCUCAUUAUGUCAGCAUUGGACAGUGUGACUUCACUAAUUCAGGCUGCCAAAAACUUGAUGAAUGCCGUGGUGCAGACAGUGAAGAUGUCCUAUAUCGCCUCUACGAAAAUUAUCAGAAUUCAAAGUCCUGCUGGCCCACGACACCCUGUGGUGAUGUGGCGGAUGAAGGCUCCAGAAAAGAAGCCUUUGAUUAAGAGAGAGAAGCCGGAGGAAAUCUAUGCAGCUGUCAGGAAAGGUUCAGCUAAGAAGAAAAUCCAUCCCGUUCAAAUCAUGAGUGAAUUUAGGGGAAGAGAAAUAAACUGAAAUUAUUAUUCUGUUCACUGCACCGGUUUCCUGCACUGAGAGGCUGUUGAUUUCAUAUAGUUAUUUGGUCACCUAUUUAAUCUCAUAAGCACAACAGUAGUUGACAUCCUCUUCGUUUGUAUGUUUCACAUUUAAAUUGUGAUAGGGUGUUUCAUUUUAAUGUGAUGAAACAAGCAUAAUCAGUUAUUCUGCUCACUGUUCAGGUAUUUCCACUAAAUGUUUUAAGAUUAGUUCUUUCAUGUGUAUUUCAUAUUGAUCACUCUCUAUUUAUAUAUUGAAUUUGGCACCUUACUGUUUUGAGCACAAUGUUAGCAAAGCACUGAUUUAGGUUGUUCUACUAUUGAAACACCAUAUACCACAUUUGAGACAUAAUAAUAUUUGGUGUUUACUGAUAUCUGCAGGCAUUUUAUACACAUUAUAUCUCUCAGUAUUUGUCAAAAACAAUUUCAUAUCUCCAUUUUGCAGAAGGAUGUUGAGACAUAGAUUAAAUACCACUAAUAGACUUCAUGGUAGCAGCUUUGAAUGAGAGCCUCCACUGUUCACUCUCCAAGCAUUGUGGUACAGUACUUCUCACAUUUACUCCUGGUAGUUUAUAUUUAUCUAGUUAAUAUGACUAGAUUUUUGUUCACGUUAUCAAAUAUUGGCCUAAUUAGAUCAAUAGGUGUUCUUCAGAAAAAUCUUAGAAUAAACAGUUUUAUGAGGAUAAUGUAUAAUUGGGCCAGCUGUAUAAGUGAUGGAAAUAGAUACACAUGUUUCAGGGCUUCAGGAGAUGAAAACCUCUUGUUUUUAAAACUUCUCUUCUCCUUUCAUAGCUAUCUUUUAUUAGGACGCCUUCUGAUUCAACCAACUGACACUUCACUAUUUUGUCCUCUUUUCUCAAAAGCUAUGGUUCCUGCUUAUCAGUGAACAAUAACUAUUGCAAAAGAAAACAGAAACUUUAAGUACCUUUUCAUGAACAAUAAAAACAGGAAUUUGAACAUGUUGCCUUAUGAAGAAAGAUAAUACAAAUAUAAGAAUGCAUCCUGAGUCUGAGAAAUGUUGCUCUCCUGCUUCUUUUAUUUUCUCGCUCAGAGUCACAGUUUCACAUAUCUUUACCAGUGGAGGAAUUAAUUACAGUGAUCAAUGAAACUGUCUAAUUGGUUGGUUGAUAUUAUUAAAUCAUGGAGUCACGUGGUGUUAUAUUAUCAGAACUAGAGACAACUUAAAAAGAUAUACAAAACAAUAUAAACAUAUAAAAAGAUAUAUGUAAUAUAUAAACAUAUAAUUCUCCGUAAGACAAAACAAACAAACAGAUAAUAAACAGAUCCCUGCAGAAGUACUGAGAGAUGCCAAUAAUUAUUGUUAAAGACAGAAUAUUUCUUUCAGUUGCCUUAACAAUCAAAGGGGUCAUUCCCACUACAAUUUAAAUCAGAUCACAAAUUGGUUUGAACCGAUUCAAAUGACCCUAGUUCCCAAUUAUUCCGAAUCACUGAAGCAAUUCUGAGAGAGGGGCCAUGCUCU